AUGCUCGCAAAAUUGCUGAAUCCCAGAAUUCUCGGCUAUACUAUGUUGACGGAAUCUUCAGCUCGAAUACGCCAUCUAGCAAGCCACUUUCUCCGGCUACUUCAACUACUUCAGAUAUCACUGAUGAUUCAUAUUUAGAAGAUAGGGCAACUGUUACGGAUACAACCCCCGAUAUGAUCAAUGAACGAGAUGACACGAACUUGGUCGAAUCGCAAUCGUUCGCGUCUAGCAGUCCUAAAGAGACGGUCAAUUCUUCUCCUGAAGACGAAGACGCCGAAGGAGAAGUGAUUUUGUUCACGGGACGACAUCUUUCGGUUGCCGAGAGUGAUAAUAACAGCAACGGUCAGGUUUCAGAGAAAUCUUCUAAUCGCUCCCCUACUGUUUCGACCAAUCCGACCACUGCCGAGGUUCUAUUGAAUCAAGUCUUGGCAUCUAAUCAGAAAUCUCCAAAGGGAAAUCAAAAUGAUCUGUCAAUUUACUGGAAUCAUUUUAACACACCUCAACUAUUUCCCAACAAUAAUGAAAACAAUGAAACGUCUGCAUCUCAAAAAUUAGAAUUCCUAUAUGCCUCAACUAGGCCCCUGACCAAUAACACAAAUAGUAUUUCAAAUUCCAUCUCCAAUGAUUCUUUUGCCUCAUCUCCGCCAUUCUCUCUUUCCACUCCAGUUUCGGGCGUUCCUAAUGCUUCAUUAGAUCCUCUCGUUCCUCCAACGAAACGUACAUCGAGUGAAAUCAAACCCACUUCACCUGUAACCUCAACGUCAAGUGCAUCUCUUUUUGCUUUCCCAGGUUCUGACGGUGGUGUUUCCAAAUUCGGAUUGUUCGGUAAUUCGGGUACCAAUAUUCAGAACUUUUCGAACAUACCAAGUUAUUUACAAAAUAAACCAAACGUUAUGCCCGCAACAACAAUAAAUCCACCACCGGGAUUUUCAACGGAAUCGGCUAAUUUGGAUAUGCAUCGUGGCUCGCCCAAUCAAUCUCGAUUCCAAACUUCCAAUGCAUUUG